AUGGCCAAGUCAUCUCUCCUUACCCUCCUAGGAGUUCUCACGGCCAGAGCCUCGGCCAGUCCAUGCGCUCCUGGCGUUGUCACAGACGCAGCGAACCCAGCCCGCCAAUGCCAUAAUCUCACAAUUCCCGUCUCGAUAUCAGCUCGCAAUGGACUCUUCAAUCUGACAGCGCCAUCGAAUAACAUUGAGGUCACCGACUUCAUCCUCAACCAAGCACAGCCGGGCAAGAACUACACUGAAGCAGUGCUAGAGGGCUACGCGACCGUCCAGGGCAACUACUCCAUUGCGGCGACCUACUGCGAGCCAACCGCCGGACCCGGUAAGACUCUGCAGGUCCUCACCCACGGCAUCGGCUUCGACAGAUCGUACUGGGACUUCCCGCUCAACAACUACAACUACAGCUAUGUGAACGCAGCCAUCGCCAAGGGAUACAGCACCUUCGCCUUUGACCGCCUCGGCAUCCACCAAUCCUCGCACGGAGAGCCUGUGAACGAGAUCCAGUCAUGGCUCGAGAUCGCAGCUCUCCGGUCACUGACAGCCAUGUUGAGGCAAGCGACUCUGCCCGGCGUCACGACCCAUUAUGACAAGAUCGUGCAUGUGGGCCACAGCUUCGGCUCGAUCCAGACGUAUGGACUCACGGCCAUGGACCCGACCAUCUCGGACGGCAUUGCGCUCACGGGCUUCAGCCAGGCGCCCAUGUACGCGGCAUACUUCCUGCUCGGGGGCAACUUCGUUGAAGCGAACGGGGCGGCCUAUGCACUCAAGGACUACCCCAACGGUUACCUGGCAGCUGGAGACGCGUCGGGCGUCCAGACGAACUUUUUCGCUUUGGGCGAAUUUGAUCCGGCAGUACUGGCGGAGGCGUAUAUGACAGGCCAGCCUGUCACUGUGGGGGAGCUGCUAACACUCUCAGGGCCUGCGGCUAGCAAUAACUCGUUUGGAGGACCGGUGCUUGUGAUUACCGGAGACCGCGAUAUCCCAUUCUGCGGCGGCAACUGCCUGGCUGCCGACCCAUCGCCUUCCUCUUCCAAGCAAUACUUCGGUAAUACAUCGGACUUUGAGACUGUGAUUGUGCCUGCGACUGGCCACGGGUUGAACCUUCAAUACUCCUGGCCGACAACCUACGCAGCAAUCCUGGACUUCUUUGAUAAGACGGUCUGA